GGAGGGUGGUGGGGUGGUGGGGUGUUGUGGGGGGAGGAAAGAGAAUGGCCUGCCUUCUAGAGGGUGUUUCCCAUACUUGUUUAGGGAAAGUUCAAGGGAGAAGGCUACUUAACGCUGUUCACUAGGAGACGACGAGAGAACCCACGGCGUGAUAAUAAAACACGCAGAGACUUUGAGAGAGACUGCAGAAGGAGUAGGCUACUGCUCCAUGUCGGAACUAUCAGAUAUAGGCCUACAUGGAUACGAUUGAAGAUGGAGGUAGGGUCCACAGAGGAAGAGACAACGGAGGAGAAGGACGGCGACGGGCGACAUCUCCCCAAAGAAGACCAGGAAGAGGGAUCGGGAGAUCUUUAUCUGACUUCCCUGGGCGACCAGCACCUUCCCAUCAUGCACUGGGAGGACCUCAGCCUGCGCAUCGCGGAGCUGGAGAAACAGGAGCAACAGAAGAGGGAGAGAGCAGAGAGCGGUAGCUCCUACCCGGGGGAGAGAGAGGAGGAGCGGCGUGGGGAGCUGUGGCGAGCCCCCUGGGGCGACCGGGAGGACGACCAGGGCCGGAGGUGUCGCGUCUCCGUCGUCACUUCACGAUUUCACAACCACAAGAACCUGCAGCUGUGUUUCAUCAACAACAGCGACAGUGAUGAAGAGGAGGGCUUCAGCGCCAGGGUUUCCCCGGGGGCAGGCGGCAUUGGUUCCCAUCCCUCGGGUCUGAAAGACGAGGUGACCGCAGCACUGAGGGCGCUGAGAGAUAACCUGGUGGCCGAGGAGAGGGGGAAGGAGCAGCUGGCCAGCGGUAGUAUUGUGGCCCAGCGGAAGCAUCUGGAACUUCCUGAACUGCACAACUGCUCCAUGCAACAGCUGAGAGCCCUGGAGGCAUCCCUCCAGCAAGACAUACAUGAGCUGAGCUCUGAGCUGGUGUCUCAGCUGCUGGUUAGAGACCAGCUGAGGACCAAGCAGGAUGCCAUGCUCCUCGACGUGCAGGACCUGACAUAGAGCCGGGGGGCGGGACACACCCACCACCUGACCGCGCCCCCCCCCACGCCACUACCCCCCGCCUGCAUGGCGGCGCUGAGGGGCUCGCGGAGCAGAAACCCCAGAGGACGGAGACUCCUAUUGGUCCAUCAGCAUACUCGUCUCCCAUUGGUCCAGGGAGGUUUUGUUUUUAUCGGCAAGUCAAGGCUCUAAAAAACUCUCUGGCUCUUAAUUCACCGGCCUCCGGGUGACACGACUAGGAUCCACGCUUCAGAAACGGAAAACGUAUGUUGUGAUACUCAGGUAAACAGGAAGUGACGUAGCCACGGUAUCGACUUGGACAUCCUGAGUCCCCCAGUGGUGGUGUGGAGCAAGAAGUGAACCGGACACAUGAACCCCCAGUGGAGGGGAAAGGAAAAGGCAGGACGGAAUAGGGAUGCCAGCCACAUGGUGGCUCAAACUGUGACUCGUAUGGAUCUCGUUGCCCAUACACACACACGCUAUGGACGCCUUGUCGUUUACAUCUUGGAUACUUUGCACAUGUUCAGCAAGAAGAUCUAACACUAUAUUAAUAUGCACGUGGAGGUCAAACCUAUUGAAUGAACAGUUUACCUUUCCUCCACAUUUUUGCCUGAUUCGCCAGCUUGGGACCCUAACUGAGCUAACCACCUUUAGAGCCAUGCUCUACGUCAUGAGCUUUACAGAGAUGGAAAACAUACGGUGUACUUGUGCCAUACUCCACCCGUUGACCUACAGCUCUCCAGCGGAGCGGCGCGUCCAACCGCGGCAGCGCGAGUGCCUCGCUUUCCCUGCCGAGCCACUCCGGGGACAUCCACGGUCCCUACAUAUUCAGAGACACAUGGCGCUGUGUCGUGCUCGGACUAAUAAGCUGUGCCUCACACUCUACCUUGUUGUUCUUAAUCAGGGAAGUGAUGUCACAGGUAAUGAGGAAAUGAAGUUGGAAUAAUGAAUAACUCAAGUGUUUAUGCAGGACAGGACAGAGUGGAGAACUAAUAAUGGAGGGGAAACAAAAAACAUGACAAAGGGAAUUUUAUUUUUCCCUCCCAAAGAAUGCAAUAACAGUCUAUUGAUCUAUCGAUCAAAUGUCAGCAGCUUGUGUUUUAUUUUUUAUUUUUCCUUACAAUUCAUGAAUUUGCCAUGAAUUCUAAUAUGCAUAAGUGCCAGGACGAGUUCCCAGUCACCAUCCAUCGAGACGAGCAUAUAUACAGGAACACUUUCAGUAUUACACACCGAACCACACACAACCAUCAGUACAUCACACAUUCAGGCACGCAUUUCUGAAAGCCAUUAUUGUCAUUAUACUUUAUUGUUUACUUAUAGUUUGUUAAGUAAAAAGAACAACAUCGUUACUAUACCGUGUUAUAACUACCAUGGCUAGAAGUUCUAGUGUGAGAAGCCGGACCCCAAUAUAAGUCACUUUUAAAGAUAAUCUGCCAGCUUUGAAUAACGCCAUGCAUUUGAGGCAUUCAUUAUCAUGCACAGAAACAUCGCUCCAAUAACUUGGAGACAUACCACAUUGUGAGCCAAGGGCUGCUUGAAAGCAAUAGAUCUCCGCAGUUAAGAGCUAUUUAUUACACAUCAUGAGAAAAUGAGCGGUUUGGCCCCUGGCCCUAUACAUCCAGACUGUUACUUUAUCUUAGAGGGAUCUGAAUGUGCGAUGACCUUGAAUUAACCUUUAUUCUACUAUUCCUCUGGUCUGAUAGACUACAUAAUGAGAGCUAACUUAAAUUAUAACAUCUUGAGGUUUAUAUAUUUUGCUUAUGUAUGUUUUAUGUAAGUGUAGGUUCUAUUGCCACACGCUACAGUAUUAUGAAGUUACAUCAAUUAUGUUUUACCGGAUUUAGGAAGUUAAAUUAGGAUUUUAUGCGAUUAUAGUAAAACGGUAAACUCCACUCAAAUAAAGAUUUUGGAUAAAGGUUGCAGCCACAAAACAGAAGCUUAUCAUGGAGUUCAUGACUCAAAAUCGUAACUAAACUGAAUUUAAUUGUAGCUCUCCAGGAAGUUUAUUUUAUUUCAUGCUGUAUUUAAGGUUAUGGAAUAUAAGGCCACUGUAUUACUAGUAUUUAUUUUUUUAUUCAAAGGGAAUGUUCAGAAAUAUAAAUUCUGAAAAAAAAUCAAUGCAAUAGCUUAUGGUAUUGCUUUUGUCGUAUGAAAAAACCCAAGUGACCUUAACUUUAAUGCACGUUUAGAUACAUUUAUGUGUACUAAAUAUUAAUCGAACUCUGUGACUCAAAACUAAAUAUUAAUCAAAUGCUGUGCCUCAAAAGCAACCCCAUCUUUUAAUCUUGUAUCAAAAGUGUUUUCAUAACAACAUUGACUAACAGGGGAAACCAUGACGCUGCUCCAUCGUUUAGCCUACGUGGUCCAAGUUGUAAAUGUUUUAAUUAUUAGGCUACUCAUUUUGCCAUUAGGGAAUUUCUUCCUGAUCCCUUUUUUGUAUUUAAUAAAUGUCAUCCGAAUCUUUAUUGUU